AUGAGUUCAAUACAAUCUCUGGUCGCCUUACUAGGUCUCAGUAUCUUUACCUCUUGUACCCAGGCCUCAUUGCAAUGUGCAACUUCGGAUUACAAUGCUCUAACUCAGCCCCAAGCACUGCUGUGUCUUGAUGACGACAAUGCUCCUGGAGGGCCGCCGUCAUUACGAGUCAAAAAUGGAAAAUGGUCCCAGGAACCAUUUUGUGUCGCGGGGCAGGCGAAGACGUACUGUACGCAUACAACAUCCGAUUUUCGCAAUGGUCAUGGCGUGAGUGUCAUCGCCAGCAGAGAGGCCGCCAACGCGAUAUCGUCAGCCUUCCCAGCAUCAAAGGCAGCCCGCUAUAUAUCUGAAGAACGUCUCGAAGUUAGCCGCAUCCCUGGGAAAGGCAAAGGUCUCAUUACUAGACAUUCCAUUCAGCGAGGGGAUACGAUACUGCUGGAUUCUCCCCGAAUCAUCGCAAGCGCACAGUUUCCCUCGCACGUAAGCCCUUCCCAAGGCGCUUCGCUCUUUUCAACCAUUCUAGAUCAACUACCAGGCACAGAUCGAGAUCUACUUUUAUCCCUCGACAAGAGCAUAAGCGGCACCGACAUCGAAAAUGUCAUGAAAACCAACGCUUUCGCGUGUCAGCCUGAUGAUGGGGAAGUCGGGGAUGGAUACAUGUGUUUGUUUCCUUCUGUGAGCAGGAUAAACCAUGCAUGUCGUCCGAAUGCGCAUGCAAGAUUCAUCCCAAAGAGCUUGUUGAUGGAGAUCAAGGCCGUGCGGGACAUUGAAGCUGGGGAGGAAAUAAGUAUAAGUUAUGGGAGGAUUGACUUGAAGCACGCCGAACGACAGAGACUAUACAAAGAGGGAUGGAAUUUCACGUGUACGUGCAAUUCGUGCACGAGUACGGCGUAUGAGAUUGCGGGAAGUGAUCAGCGGCGCGCGAGGUUCGAGCAGCUCCGGAAAUUGCUCGAAAAUAUAACGAGUGAAACCUACGACGCGCAGCAGAUUGUGGCGUGGGAGAAAGAGGUGAUGGAGAUUAGUGCGAGGGAAGGAUUGGAUAUGCUCCUGGCAGGAGACUAUGAGAGGUUGGCGUAUGUCUAUGCGGGACAUGGCAUGAACAGAGAUGCGAAGAUUUGGGCAACCAAGGCAAAGGAGAGCUUAAUGGAGUGGACGGUUGUGGAUGGGGGCCCAGGGAAUGAGAUCAGGAGAGUAGAGGACUUUCUGGGAGAAUUGGGAGGGUGA